GGAAGGAACGCAAAUCUCCUGUGUCUUUCUCUCGUUCUCGCCUCAACCAGCCAAACACGCACUCGUGUGAUGUCCUCCGACGACUCUGCCUCUGCUCACGGCGAACCCAGGCCUCUGCCGGCGUCUCUCUCUUGUACUCUCUCCCCCUCUGCCGACGUCUCUGUAUCUCCCUCUCCAUAAGGUACAGUUAAAAGUACAGUUUUAUCACUAAAUCAUUUACUGACAUAUCAAUAAUGGAGACUGAUCUUCACGAAGAAAGUGAUGGAAGCACUCCUCGGACAAAUGACUUGUCACUUAGGCGGGUUGCGCCCGAUGAGUCUGGUGAAGGGUUGCCUUAUGCUCCUAUUAAUUGGCCUAAUCCUGGCGAUAUUUGGCGGUGGAGAGUGGGAAAGCGAGUUUCUGGAUCUGGACACUAUCUGGAUAGGUACAUUUAUCUUCCAAAAAGUCUAUGCAAUGGCGGGCCGGCGAAUCCAACCCCCCGUGUGAAACAUGGUUUUGCAAGCAAGCUUGCAGUUGAACGAUAUCUCCAAACAUCAUUUCCCGGUUCGGACCUCGGUGCAUUUUUUGCAUCAUUCUCCUGGAAGAUCCCAGCCGAAAUGUCACUGUUAGCGAAUGGUGCUGUAAAGCUGAAGCAUGUUCCAGCUGGUCCUCCUAUUGCACCAUGUGUUGAGAUUGAAGACUCUGAUUUUGAGUCCGACGUCUUGCGCUGUAAGGCCAGAAAUAAGUUGUGCAUCAGUUUGUUGGAAAAAGCUGAAAACUCACCUUUAGCAUUCAUGGAAUGUGAUAUUUGCUGCAAUGAAGCUAAGUUCUGUCGAGAGUGCUGCUGCAUUCUUUGUUCGAAGCAUGUAAAUUUCUCUUGUGGAGGCUAUGAUUACAUCAGAUGUGAAGCAAUGACAGGCGAGGCUGCUAUAUGUGGGCAUGCUGCGCACAUUGAUUGUGCUCUCCGUUGCUACAUGGCUGGCACUGUAGGAGGAAGCAUUGCGUUGGAUUCUGAAUACUAUUGCCGGCGCUGUGAUGCAAGGACAGAUCUGGUUCCACAUGUAAAAAGGCUUUUACACACAUGUGAAUCCCUUGAUUCUCGGGACAAUAUUGAGAAGAUUUUAAAUAUUGGUAUCUGCAUGUUGCACAGUUCUGAGAAAACAAGUGCUAAGGAGUUGCUUAAACGUAUUGAAGUGGUCGUUGCAAAGCUCAAAUAUGGGACUUCUCUUGAAGAUAUUUGGAAGCAGGAAGGAAAUUUGUCAGCCAUGCCCACCGAUGUCUGUCAUCAUGAAAGUACUGCCAUGGAAAUCACAUCUUACCAGGAGGCCCCAAAUGGUAAAACAAGCUCAGAUUUGAUGUCUGCAUCUUUUGAUUAUCGCUCUGAGUCUCAAAGACUCGCAGAAGAGGUUGAUCAGGUUCUGCAUGCACUAAAAAACUCACAAGAGUCGGAAUUUAAGAUGGCUGAGGAAAAACUUCUUGCACAGAAGAACUAUAUUUGUAAUCUGUAUCAGCAACUUGAGAAAGAGAAGUCUGAUUUGGCACGUCGCACAUCAACCAACCCCGAUGCUUUACUCAAUAUUGUAUUGAGCAGGGUGAAGCAGAUUAAAAGGGAAAUUACAAAUCUCAAGGAGAUGGAAGCGAUAGCUUCUGGAUUCGGAAAGACUCCAAGAGCUGCCCUGAAGAAGCACUUCAACUUGGAAGUUGAGGAAUGAAGUGGAUGCUUGUCCCUAUGGAACCUCAUCACUUUUUUUCCGGAAACUUAACCUUCAUCAUUUGAACUCAAUCAUAAAGUUUUGUUGCAAUUGUUCUGUCACCCUUGUGCGAGGCUUUAUAUGAAUACUGUGGUGGAAUGAGCCCCGCUGCGCGGUGAUGAAACUUCAUGCCCAGCAGCAGUACAGAGGAAUGAAGUUCCUAUUGAAGAGACAGAAAAUUAUCAGUGGUUUGUAAAUGGUGAGCUCCCAAAUGGUUUGUGUCAUUUGUUGACAACUCAAGAACUACAAGAGAACAGACGGGAUUGGGAAGACUAACUAGAGUGCAUUGAAGGAGUGCGCAAGAAUUUCUUGAUUUGGGUUUCCCAACUAUGCACGAGUAAUCAUCUUGUAAAUGCUUCUCUGUUCAAAGCACCUGCAGCUGUGUUCUUGCAUGCAACUUCCCAGUUUGUUGAGCAGUCGGUGUAACUAAAACACGUGUUUUCUUUGUUCUUUGGGUUCUGUGUCUAUUGUCUGUCGUUUCCAUCUAGGUCAGUUGCUGCCCGACUGGGAAGUUGGGAAUUUUUUCCAUUAUAGUUUAGUUUGGAACAGGAGUUUGUACCUUCCUUUUGUAUCUGGCAUUCUGGCUAUAGAUGCGGAAUUAGUUGGUUCUUUUAUUUUUUUUUAUUUUUUGAAUGAAUUAGUUGGUUCUUUAAUAUGGUCAGAAGGUAGAUAGUGUAAGGUUUUUUCUGUAAAUAUAUACAAAAAAUGCAGGAACAGUUUCUUAAGAUAAAAAUGCAUUAAUCUCUAGCUUCUCCAGUAGUUGUGUUAUGUUUUUUUCGAUGGGGAAAA